AGUUUAUUAAAAUAUUCAAAUAAAUUCAUAUCAUAAAUUUAUGUAAUCCUGGUAAACUUGUGCAUUAUCUGGUGAAUUGAUAGAAACACCAGUAAUAUCUAAAGUGAGUGGACAUAUCUAUGAAAAAAGAUUGAUUGAGAAGCAUAUCGAAAGUACAGGUACAUGUCCAAUAACAGGAAGACCUUUGAAUAUAGAUGAUCUAAUAGAAGUAUAAUUAAAAUUUCAAAUAUAAAGGUUAAAGUAGCUAAAGUUUAAAAACCUAGACCAAUUACAGCUACAUCAAUACCUUCAUUGCUUUCACUUUUGUAAAAUGAAUGGGAUGCUUUAUUAUUAGAGCAAUUUUAAUUGAAACAACAUUUGGAAUAAGUAAGACAUGAACUAACACAUGCUCUAUAUUAACAUGAUGCUGCAUGUCGUGUGAUAGCAAAACUCAUAAAAGAAAGAGAUUAAGCUAGAAUAGAAUUAGCGCAAUUACAACAUAAAUUAAAUAAUAAAGUAGAAGUAGAAACUAAUAAUAUUCCAGAAAAAUUACCUACUAAUUAUAUUUCUGAAAUAGAAUAAAAUGCAAUAAAAUUAACAAGUCAAAGAAAAUUAUUGAGAAAGCAAUAAUCUUACUUUGAUUAAUUUCCCAGUCCUUAAGUAUUCUUAACAUAUAUUUUAGAUUUUGUCUAAUUAUGAAAUUAAAUAAUAAUAUACUUAGACAUAGGGUAGUACUUCAUUAGACAUCUAAUCAAAUUAUAUGGUAGUAGGAGGUUAAACUGGUUUAGUUUCACUUUAUCAUUCUUAAGUUCUUGUUUAUUAAAAUCAAUAAAAUAAUCAAAGAAUUAAUUCAAUCAAGUUUUUCACAACAGAUGAACACAUAAGGUUUGUCUCAUCAAAUUCAGAUGGAGAUUUAAUUCUUUAUUAAUUCAACACAGAAACUAUUUAAGGUGUUGUAACUUCCACUAUAAAAGUUGGAUAAAAUAUUACUAGUUUAGCAAUACAUCCACUUGGCUUCAUUGCUAUUCUGGUCACCUUUGAAGGAUUACUAUUAUUUUAUGAUUUAAGAUCUGGUUUAUAAAUAAGUAAAGUUACUGAUUUUGAAGGUUAAUGUUAAUUUACAUCUAUUGCUAUUCAUCCAGAUGGAUUAUUAAUAGCAAUUGGUUAAGCAAAUUCAUUAAUUAAAAUUUGGAAAAUAACAUCUGGAUAAUUAGUAGCCUAAUUUGAAGGAUAAGAAGUAUAUCAAUAGAAUAAAAAUCUUAGGGAUCUAUAAAUUAGGUUACUUUCUCUGAAAAUGGAGUUAAUUUAGCAUCAGCCACUUAAACUGAAGUCUUUCAAUGGGAUCUAAGAAAUCCUGGUUAAUUUUAAAAAUUGUUGGAAUCAUAAAAAAUAAGUUAUUAUUCUAUUAUAUUAUUUAGGUAGCAUUUCUUAUGAUACUUCAGGUGCCUAUUUAGCUGUAGGGGAAAAUAAAAAUAUACAUAUGUUUGAUAUCAAAAAGUAAUAAGAGUUUUUCAAAUUCGAAAGUCAUAGAGAUAUUGUGACUGCUAUUAAGUAAGAUUUUUAUUUAACGUAGAUUUGCUGAAUUUAAUAAAAAUAUAUAUAGUUGUAGUUUUGAUAAAUAAAUCAACAUCUAUGGUAAUUGA